AUGUGGCUUGAAGCGACGUUGGCAAGAAAAACAGAUGGGCGGACGACCGUGAAGACCUACCAGCUUGAUGGCGAAGAUCCAGUGCUUCUUCAGGAAUCAGCGACUUCAUCGGAACUGCUUCGCAUCAUCACUGAGAAGAGUCAACUGAACGGAGCGGCCCUCGUUGAGAAAGGUGCCCAUCGACUGGUGCUCCACCUGCAGGCGCGCGGCUUUCCCAUGACUAACGGGAUCACCUCCAAGCAGGCUUUGUUCGACUUCAGACAGCCACGGCACCACGAAUUGCUCAUCCUCUUCCGCCACGUCUACUGCUCAGACACCGAGAAGUUCUACGCUCAAGCUGCAGAGAGAGUGGCCUCUCGUUAUGGCAAGAAAUUUGCCUGGGAGCUCAAUAGACGAGUGCUGGGAACCCCAGAUGCAUGCGCUGCGCGCACAAUUGUCGAGACUCUUGGUCUGCCGCUAACUCCGGGCGGGUUCUUGGAAGCAGUGGAUCGGAUGUCCCAGGAAGUGUACCACAGCGCGCAGCUCAUGCCUGGUGCUGAACGUCUGCUGCGCCACCUACAUGCCCACAGUAUCCCCAUGGCCGUCGCCACUAGCUCGACCCCAGCUUCAUUCGCCCUCAAGAUGACGCAGCAUCAAGACACUGUGGACCUCUUUGACCACGUGGUCUGCUCUGGCGGAGAAGCAAGAGUAAAGCGCGGGAAGCCUCACCCGGAAAUAUUCCUCGUCGCCGCGUCGAAGUUUGUUGAGACGCCACCUUCCGAAAAGGUGCUGGUGUUCGAAGACUCACCUAUGGGUGUGACGGCUGCUCUGUCCGCUGGUAUGCAGGUGGUUAUGGUUCCAGACCCUCGUAUCGACGAAGAGAUUCGGCGUCGGGCUACCCUGUGCAUUGUAUCGCUGACUGAGUUUAAACCCGAGCUGUUUGGGCUCCCGUCUUUCAACACUUCCCCACAGAAGAGCUGACACGCUGGGGUAAAGAUUGGGACGCGAAGAAGAUGCUUCACUGGGGAAGGGGGGAGGCGUGUGUGAGCGUAACACUUGCUACGAAUCCAAUUCACAUUGUGCAAAACGCACCGCUCUUGCGACAUUUCCGUUCGCUAACAUGUACUCCCAACGCACACGUUGUUAAACAUCGGGUAGCAUAAACGCGUGUAGGUGAAGAACUGCCGACAUUCGUUGCGUCGAUGUAGAAGACUCGCCGUUUUAAGCAACGCCAAAGCAAGGAACAGCACUCGGAGACUGCGAACUUAGUUUGGCCAUGGCCAUUACGCUUCAACACGGCUGCAACCCAUGCUUGCUCAAUGCGACGCUUAUGUGUCGUCCGUGCCAAGAUUCAUGACUGAUACAAGUAUCGGAACACAAGUGUCUCUAAACCAGUCAAGUGUAGAACUUGAUUCGUAAAGCUCCUAGCUAGUCAAUGUACUCAUGCGCUCUGUGCCUCUAUACAUUUUGCGUGUUUCUCUACUCAAGUGUCCUUCAAUUUGUUAUUGUUCCGUUCUACCCUGCGUCAUUUCCACAUUUGCGCGACCUGCAUGCAUUGCUUGCCCACAUGGCGUAAUGUUAAACGCAAGAA